GUCUGCUCGAAGCAGAAGAAUCCAAAUGGAUUCGAUAGAACAACAGUUAGCUCAUUUUUGGGGCCACAUAGAGACUCAACGUGAUAAGCAACUGAAAGAAAGCGGGGAUGAACUUGAAAAGGAAAUCGAAAAGGAGCUCGAUACACUUUUACGAACGUUGGACCAGUCGAUGGAUGAGGAUAAACUAAAGUUAGAGUUAGAAAUCGAACGCAUUAUGGAGAUGACGCAUCAAUUUCGCGAAGGGAUCGAGAUGUGGCAGCGUAAAGCUGAGGAUGGAAUUGCCUUGAUCAAGGAAAAACAGCGUUCAUUGGCGGCACUUGUUCAAGAGACCUCUGCUCGAACUAGCACACGUCGCGACGAAAUGCUUCAGCGCCAAAAGCAGCGUACUGAUGAGUUGCGUGAGCUAUGGCGCGAGAUUCUUGCUGAAGCUGAAAGCUCCACGGUAGAAUAAAAAAGGGAAUAACAACAAAGAAUUGCUUCCCUUUCCACUAACUUAUCAUGUGCGUUGUCAGAAAUUUCCUUUGAAGGUGUCUAUAACCUUUCAAUUUUUACACGAGUUCUGAAAGAAGUACACAGACUAUAGAGGAAGGGAUCUCAGAUUGCAUUCAUUUUGGUCUUAGUCUUAAAUGUGUAUUUCAGACAAGCUGUCUGGUUUGUAUUCUAACGAGAUUAUGAGUCAAGCGCAGGAUAAAAUAUCGCUUAUAUUGUUGUCGUUAUCAUCAUUGUUCUUCAGGUUUUUUUUCUAUCCUAUUAUUUCAAAUUAGUAUCACUAAUAAUAUUGUAAAGAUAGAGAUAUCGAGAGGUACAUAGUUUCUUCCUCUUAAAAAAUCUUUAUCCCUUUGCCUUUUUAAUAUUCAAACCAUUUUAAAAGAAGAAAAUCAAAAAAACGCAUAUAUAUAUAUAUAUACAUAUAUAUUAAAAUCAGGUCGAAACUAUUCGAGUCAUGCAGUUUGGAUCCUUUCAACGUGCUAUGUUUCUUUCACGACGGUUUUCUUCUGCCACAGCGUUGAGAUGCCCUACAUAUUUUCCCCAAUACAGUGGGGCCCAUCGGUUCGUUACAAGUUCAUCGCAGCCCUUUAAUAAAGUUGUCUCUGGCUUUCUGCCCCGCCGUCGUGCAGAGUGCGUUUCAGGGUUCCUGGGGUCUGCAUCCAUUCCUUUUGCGAUAUCACCGACUUUUACUAGUCGCCGCUUCCAGUUCAGUUCUUCAGACCCGCAGGAUUACUACGCCACACUCGGCGUCAAACCAGAUGCCACGCAGGAUGAGAUCAAAGUCGCGUACAAGAGGCUUGCCCUUCAGUACCAUCCAGAUCGCAAUCGCGAACCUGGCGCAGAGGAGAGGUUUAAAAAAAUUUCUGCCGCCUACAGCGUUCUCGGACGAAAGGAUAAGCGCGAGCUCUACGACAGUCAGCGCUCCGUUUUCAGCGGCGCGGGCGGUCAGGGCUUCCCAGGCGGCUACGCGAGCGAAGUCCGCCACGGAGGUUUUACCUACCGGCAGAUGUCGAAAAAUGAGGCGGAUGAACUCUUCAGGGAGAUGUUCGGAAAUAUGAACCUCGACCAGAUCUUCCGAAGCCUAGAGGAGGAGCUCUAUCGCAGCAGUGUACGACCGGGAAGUGGUAUGGGCACCAACCUUGGCCGCGAUCCCUCCGGUCAACCGCAUCAUCCCUUUCACUCGUUUGAGUCCUGUAGCGAAACGGUGAACGUGUUCGUCGACAAGGAUGGCAACCGCGUGGAGGAGCACACAUACACUGAUUCAAGCGGGAAUCGCUACUCCGUUCGCCAUGCUGUCGGAGCGGGAUCAGAUCCUACUAUGGGCGAAAGCCACGAUCACGCACACCGCACCGACGGCGCGCGGAAGUUGACGUAUGAUGAUUUGCCCCUUGACGGGUAUUCGCGCUAUGGGAAGUUUAAGUACCGGCUGGGGGGGUUUCGCUUUCAAGGGCGUGAUCCGAUGAUAGCGUUUUUAACACUGGAGCUUUGGACUUUUUCGAUUAUUGCAGUUUUUGUGACGGUCCUAUACUUUCUUCUAACUCAUCCAAAGAUUUUACUUCUCGUGCUCUUUCUCACGCUUAUCGGUCGAUUAGGAGUUAGAAAGCUAUAAAGGUGAUAUGCUGAUUUAUUAUGCUUUUCCAAUAAAAAAAAUAAGUUUUCACCUUUUCGAUGCAAGUUUCAUUACUCUUGUUUUCAUCCAACUGAUUUUUUCUUUUGUUUUACGUUUCUUUAGUGUAGGGUAGCUGAGUGUAUGAUUGUUAAAGCUCGAA